GUGAUGCACAGAUGCUCAUCACAGCUUCACAUUCAAAACGGACGCAAUUAUUCAGUGUUUUAUGCCAAGUAUAGGUUUGAGAAAUGACAUCAAAUGAAACGAAUCUGAUGACAAAACUUUGGACUAAUCGUGUUCUGGACAACAGAACCCAGCUGAUACCGCUCAACAGCACAGAUUCCCCGCCGGUGGAUGAUUUGGAUGUGAACACGGAUAUUUAUUCCAAAGUGCUCGUGACGUUAAUCUACGCGGUGCUGUUUGCAGUCGGUUUAAUCGGCAACGCCAUGACCCUUUACAUAUCCCUCCAGAAGAGAUCCAUCAAACAUCUCCAAGGGACCGUCCAUUAUCACCUCGCCAGUCUCGCGGUGUCGGACCUGCUCAUUCUGGUGCUGUGUAUGCCGGUGGAGCUGUACAACUUCAUCUGGGUUCACCAUCCGUGGGCUUUCGGUGAGGUGGUCUGCAGGGGCUAUUACUUUCUGCGGGACGGCUGCUCGUACGCGACGGCGUUCAACAUCGUGAGUCUGAGCGUGGAGCGCUACAUGGCGCUCUGCCACCCGUUCAAAGCCAAGAGUCGGAUGUCUCGCGGUCGCACAAGGAGAUUCAUUUGCGCGCUCUGGUGCGCGUCGCUCAUUCUCGCCUCACCGAUGCUUUUGACAAUGGGGCAAAUUUAUGUAGGUGAAGAGAGCAUCUGCACCACCGUAGCCUCCAACAACACCGCCAAAACUGUUCUACAGGUCAAUGCCCUUCUCUCUUUUGUUGUGCCAAUGCUGGUGAUCACUGUGAUGAAUGCCCUGAUUGGACAUAAGCUCCAGAGAAUGACCCAUCAUGACUUACACUGUUCAACGCCUUCAGAUGUUACAACAGAGACAAACCGUGAGCGUUCCCUACGCCAUAGCAUCAAAGUCCUACGUGGAGUUGUUUUUGCUUUUGUUUUAUGUUGGUUUCCUUAUCACUGUCGCCGACUGAUGUACUGCUAUGUAACGGAGUGGACAAAUGCAUUUUAUGAUUUCUACCAUUACUUUUACAUGGUGACAAACGUACUUUUCUAUGUGAGUUCUGUGAUCAAUCCCAUCCUUUACAACCUGGUCUCGUCCAAAUACCGGCAAAUGUUUUUUUCCACUGUCACUUACUUUUGCCAGAUGUACUCUAAAAGCCAGAGGACUAACAAGAGCAAAAGCAGCUUACAACUAUCACAGCACCUUCGUUCAUCUCUGGUCACACCCCGUACCAGCCAACAGACCCUUUAUCCCAUAGUGGUCAUGGAGACUAUGUACUGAUGUGAAUUCUCUUUUAGACUUGUUGACUACAAAUUGCUGUUUUGUUCCAUCAGUGUUGAGGGACAGCAUUGAAAUUAUUCUGCAUAAUUUCAGAACAAAGGGCGUGCAGAAUUGUCAAGUUUUUGACGAACGUUUUGACUUUCUGAAUAUGGAACAUUAUGCACUAUACUGUCAGUGUGCACUAAAAGUGCAAAAGUGCUGUUUCAAGUGAAUGUGUGCAUAGCUUACUGCAGAAAUACGGCACGUUUUCAUGGCACAAGAGGACAGCACUAUUUUGUUAUACUGCUGGUAAAGAAAGAACACAAGAUUCUUUUCAAUAUUAUUUAGUCAUUUAUGUGUGUAAAUCGCUAUUUAUCAUUUAAUUGUAUUUCAUUUUUUUAUGAUGUGUGUGAGUUGAUUAUUGUUUUCCAAUCAAAAUCACAGAACAUGCUCAAAAUCCUUAGUUCAUCUCUCUCUCAUGAUGUCACGAAAUGGGCGUGGGCACGAACUGGUUGGCAGAAAGAACCAAAACAUACGCAGCAGUCCAUGUGUUCUGUCAGCAUAUGAUAAUUCUUUGUACGAAUAAGUUAAAAGGAUAUAUAAAGUAAAGCUUUUAUAUAACCAGGGUUCAUUUUCUCUGCCUAAUCUAUAUCACCUGAGUGAGAAUUGGAGCAAAAGCCCGAACACAUGGCCAGAUUUGACAUUCGGUACCUGUAUCUCAUCGACACGCCAUCUGUUUACCAGAGAGUCAAUGAAGGCGUACAAAUCUUUAGAUGCCUAUAAGUCAUAAUUACGAAUAUUACUUGUGUUAACUAAGAAUAACUGGUAAAUUUGUUACAACUAGAGCAAAUAGAAGUGUAAUUUCAUUUGUCCAUGGGCUAUAUUUUGAAUCAAAAUGAUCCUAAAUCGAUAUUGGUCAACAUAAAAAUGUAUCAAAGAAAAUACAAUAAUUUGCCCUUAAUCUAUAAGGGUAUGUGUACACAGAUGAUACACCAUACAGUGCCCAAUCUUUGGGUUAACUUAUGUCUUUAUAAUACUGUGCAGCAAGCGGCCAUUGCUUUUCUGCCAACCAGAGCACAUGUAACCACGUCGUGACGUCACAGGCGAAGAUCCCUAUUGUACGAAGUUACACAUAUAAUUCUUCAUAUGGGAUAUUGAUUGCAAGAGGUUGGACUGGAUUUUGCUAUAUAAACUUUAUAAUAAAUUCUACAAAUGCUAGUCUCAUACAGACAAACUAACACAUAGUAUAACAUUAUAACGUGACCUGCUCAAGUUAAAAACAGCAAUGUAUUCACCCCAUAAAUAUUAUUAGAUCCAUCAGCAAGAUGACAAGUUCCAUAAUUCCACUUAUCUAUCAUAAACUUACGCCUUUGUUAUUGUGAGAGGUUAGCGACCUCUAGCUGCAAAAAAUAAAUAAAACAUUGUAGCUUUU